ACAAUGUCAUCUGGCAAAACCACCUGCGACUGAAGGACAUCUCAAAUGCUUCUGUCCUCUCGCAGGUCUGUGACAUGAUCGUGACCGGAACGAAAAUCAACUCUCGUGCGAGUAUGCCCGUGGUACCACUGACACACAUCUCCUGCCGGGAGUACCUGGUCCAGAACCACUUCAUCACCAGCCCCUUGUCGGAAGAGGAAGCUGCCUUCCCCCUGGCCUACGUCAUGGUCAUCCACAAGGACUUCGAUACAUUCGAAAGGCUCUUCCGGGCCAUCUACACGCCCCAGAACGUCUACUGCGUGCACGUGGACCGGAAAGCCUCCUCGGAGUUCCAGCUUUCCGUGUCGCGCUUACUGAGCUGCUUCCAAAACGCCUUUCUGGCCUCCAAGCUGGAGCCCGUGGUCUACGGGGGCAUCUCCAGGCUCCAGGCCGACCUGAACUGCAUGAAGGACCUCGUGGCCUCCACGGUGCCCUGGAAAUACCUCAUCAACACGUGCGGGCAAGAUUUCCCCCUGAAGACCAACCGGGAAAUCAUUCAGCACCUGAAAGGAUUUAAAGGGAAAACAUCACCCCGGGGGUGCUGCCCCCAGCUCAUGCCAUUGGGAGGACCAAAUACAGCCACUUGGAGCGCAAUUAUCAUUGGUUUUCCUUCAUGUUAUUGACGUGGA